AUGAUGGACGUUAACAGCAGCGGCCGCCCCGACCUCUACGGCCACCUCCGCUCCUUCCUCCUGCCGGAGGUGGGGCGCGGGCUGCCCGACCUGAGCCCCGACGGUGGCGCCGAGCCCGGCCCGGGCUCCUGGGCGCCGCACCUGCUGAGCGGCGUGUCGGAGGGCACGGCCAGCCCCGCGCCCACCUGGGACGCGCCCCCGGACAAUGUCUCGGGCUGCGGGGAGCAGAUCAACUACGGCAGAGCCGAGAAAGUUGUGAUCGGCUCCAUCCUGACGCUCAUCACGCUGCUGACGAUCGCGGGCAACUGCCUGGUGGUGAUCUCCGUGUGCUUCGUCAAGAAGCUCCGCCAGCCCUCCAACUACCUGAUCGUGUCCCUGGCGCUGGCCGACCUCUCGGUGGCCGUGGCGGUCAUGCCCUUCGUCAGCGUCACCGACCUCAUCGGCGGCAAGUGGAUUUUUGGCCACUUCUUCUGCAACGUCUUCAUUGCCAUGGAUGUCAUGUGCUGCACGGCCUCGAUCAUGACCCUGUGCGUGAUCAGCAUAGACAGGUACCUUGGGAUCACCAGGCCCCUCACCUACCCUGUGAGGCAGAAUGGCAGGUGCAUGGCCAAAAUGAUUCUGUCCGUGUGGCUCCUGUCGGCCUCCAUCACCUUGCCGCCGCUCUUCGGCUGGGCCCAGAAUGUGAACGACGACAAGGUGUGCCUGAUCAGCCAGGACUUCGGCUACACCAUCUACUCCACCGCCGUGGCGUUCUACAUCCCCAUGUCGGUCAUGCUGUUCAUGUACUACCAGAUCUACAAGGCGGCCCGCCGCAGCGCGGCCAAGCACAAGUUCCCGGGCUUCCCGCGCGCGCAGCCCGACAGCGCCGCCUCGCUGAACGGCAUGGUGCGGCUGCAGAAGGAGGUGGAGGAGUGUGCCAACCUCUCCAGACUCCUCAAACACGAGAGGAAAAACAUCUCCAUCUUCAAGAGGGAGCAGAAGGCAGCCACCACCUUGGGCAUCAUCGUGGGGGCCUUCACCGUGUGCUGGCUGCCCUUCUUCCUGCUCUCCACCGCCAGGCCCUUCAUCUGCGGCACGGCCUGCAGCUGCAUCCCGCUGUGGGUGGAGAGGACAUGCCUGUGGCUGGGCUAUGCAAACUCGCUCAUUAACCCUUUUAUAUAUGCCUUCUUCAACCGGGACCUGAGGACCACCUACCGCAGCCUGCUCCAGUGCCAGUACCGGAAUAUCAACCGGAAGCUCUCGGCCGCAGGCAUGCACGAGGCCCUGAAACUUGCCGAGAGGCCCGAGAGAGCCGAGUGUGUGCUGUAAGACAAAACUCUGACUACUGUAGGAAAAAAGGUCAUGAUUCAUGAUCCGCAGCGGAAUAAUGGAGAUGAAAUAAACAAGGCCAAGCAGGUGGAAAAAAGCGAACAGAAUCAUUUGCUGAGACUGUGACAAGAAUGUGGCCUCUGUCUUCUUGGCAUGGCUAACAUGCACCCAACAGGGUGGUCAGCUGUACAAAGGAAAUCAUGGGGGAGAUGGUGACCUCUCCUUUUUUUCCCCAUGGACCAGUGCUUUUGUGUGCCAAUGAAAACUGUGCUCAGUGUAAGGCAGCACACUCAGAGCUGAGUUCGGGGAGGGAAGCAGUUUCCGGUGCUUUACAUAUGUCCACAUCCAUGCAGGCAGGGGACAGUUCUAACAUACUUCCCAUGCUUCCGAGACCAGGCGUGGUGGUGGACAUUCAGGAAUCACUCACGAAACAGAAUGUAUUCUGUGGUGACAGAAGGGUGUCCUUCUAAGAAAAGUGCAGUAAGCGUGGUGUUGGGUAUGUUGCAUGUCCAUGUUAGAAAACAAAGCCUUGUCAUCAGCUAAUGCAAUCGAUUUCCCAGGGAAGUGUUUGUUUCAAGCUUCUGUCAAUGG